CUAGGGUAGCGAGUACCGGUUGCUAAGCAAUCGGGUAGGUCGCUAGGCAACGGGUAGGCUUAAAGAAAACAAAAGAAAGCUACUGACGCCGACUUAAGCCUAACGGUUAUUCCCCUCAGAUCCACCAGAGGUGACGGACGCGAGCCCAUCCGAGUUAUCUGAAGCCAUCCCAGUACAAUUUCCAGUUUUACUAGUGAAAAAUGGAAGAAAUACCCGAGAAAAAGAAAACCUUCCGGGACUUAAAAGUGAUAGUGCCCAAAAGGAGUGACGAGAGGAAAAUCUUGGAAGCAAGAAGACCCUCCAAAGGAAUACCCCAGACCAAGAAAGUGGACCCAUCCCAACUAGAUCAAGUGCUACAAAGAGUAAAGAGAUCUUUGGAAGAAAAGAAAGAGGGAUCCAAGGCCAAGAAAGCAAAAGUAAUGGAACCGGAGGCAAACCCAAACCUCAAGAGGAAGGCCCAAGCCUCAGCUUUAAGGAAAGCUGCAGCCCGGAUUACCCAGAAGAAUUUACCAAGAAAGAUGCCCCAGGAGAUUGUGGCCUUCCCUGUGGGACAACCAGGCCCAUCCAGCCAUAGGGCAUUCCCUGAUCCCUUGGAGGAGUGUGUAUUCGCUAAGCACACCAGGAAGCAGAUAGAAGAAAAAGGAAAUCUGGCAUUCCCUAGGAAAGAGCCAGAUUCCUUUAUGUGUUCCCCAAUCACAUGCAGAAAAAUGGUGGACGAUCCUGAAGCUGUGCUAGAGGAAGACUGGUGUGAACAUUUCCCAAUGACACCAGGGGAAUACCUAAGUCUACCCAGCACUUCAAAGUUCAGGCAAGAGAAGGAAAAAGACCUAGACUUCCUACCACCACAUAGAAGACAGUACUUCGCAGCCCUAGAAUUACCACCUCCAGUGACAAGAGAGUUCCUGUCAAGUGACAGUGAAAGUGAGGAUGAACGCAUAGAAAAGAAAGCAGAAAGUGCUAGUGAAAUAGCUAAAAGGCUAGCAGAAGAGAUGAGACUAACAGACUCAGAAUCAGAAGACGAAACACAGGAAGAAACUAUAAAUCAAGGAAGCGAGAUGGAGAUGAAAGUGGACAAGCUAGAGGCAGAAAUAAAGAAAAUAGAUGUAGAACUAACAACGGAAGAAGUAGAAAUGGAGUUAGAAGAAAUGGAAAAAGGGAUACAAGAGGAGGAAGAAGCAAUCAAAGAACUGGAGAGAAAACUGGAGGAAAAGCAGGCAAAUAAGGAAAUAAUUUGUGGAGGUCUACAACUGGACUUACCUUGGAAACUAACGCCAAUUACUGUGGAAAUCAAACCCACGGGCAGACAGGAAUGGUUGGACAAUCUCAUACGUCAGCGAGAAAUAGAGAAGGGAGAACUGAAGGUUCACCCUAAUGAUCCACGAAAGAAAGUAAGAUGCAGAAAGUGCAACAAAAGAUAUCAUAAGGCCAGUGAGUGCAACAAGAAAUGAGCUUCAAAGUAUUUUGUGCCAAAACUAAUCACUAUUUAAGUUGUUGUGAUCAUUGUUUCAAAUAUUAAUCAAGUAGAAAUUUAAGUACGUGUCAUAAAUCAGAAUGUGUUCAUUGUACCAAACGUUAAUCAAAUCAUUA